UCCGUUAAGGCCGAGUGUCCUUUUAAUUUUAUUUAUACAAGGGAAAAAUGGAUGGAAUAUCAAGUUUGAACAGUUUUCUAGCUGUGCAUAAACCACAGUUAAUUUUGUCUGGAGUUCCUGAACAUUUUUGGUCGACUUUAUGCAAGAAAUUGCGUGACCAAAUCUUUGAUUCAGGUUUGUCUUUCCAACUUGCUAUGAUUGAUUAUGAAGACAGUGAUAAAAUGCCUUACGAUCCUUUAUGGACAGUCAUUGCCACGAAGGACAUUGAUAGAAACGAUCCUAGCCACAUAUACCUUGUAGAUCAUGCUUGGACAUUCAAAGCGAAUAGUAUUAAAAAUAACCUCCGCAAUGUGCCGGGGUUAUUGGAAAGAAUGUGCAGUCUGAUGCAAGUGACUGGAGAUACAGUGGAAGAAAAAAUCGAGAAGGUUUCCGAGCAAGUUUGGAAAUAUGCUCAUACUUAUGCUAUAGGAGGAAGUGAGUUUUCUAUAGAAGAAAGGGUACCAGUAUGGUAUGUACUUGACGAGCUGGGUUCUGGUAUCACGCACUCUGACAGUCCCAACUUUAGAGCUGUUCCAUUCAUACAUGUGCCAGAUCAAAUGACUUACACACUUCUCUUUCCUGUUGAGAAUGUUGAGGAAGGAGAUCCUGUAACAAGAAAUUUUGUUGAAGGACAUUACCCUGACCCACUUCAAAGAGAAGCUAUGCUGAUUCCUUGGAAGGAAUAUGAACAUUUUCAAGAAGAUUUCACCCCUCAAGAACCAGACAGUAAUUACUUUCUAGAAGGACAUAUUGUGGAGACUCUACCAGACCUAGAUUUAUUAAGAGAUAGACAGAGACCUGAAGGUAAACUAAAAGUUUUCUCAGAGUAUCAGUAUAUAAAUGACUACCUAACUUCACCUGACUUUGAAAUAGUGGGUAAUGAAAAUGAUGCAGAUAUUAUAUGGUACAUAAAUCAUUUUAAAACUUUCAGAGAAUUAAGCAGAGACUCACCUAACAAGUUUGUGAACCAGUUUCCAUUUGAGUAUGUCAUUACUAUAAAAGACUUAUUAGCUAUAGUUGCAAGGAGAUGUUCUGAUAAAUCCACAAACACAUUCAACAAUAAAUUAGAAACUUCUCCUGCUUGGUUACCUACAACUUUUAAUAUGAAAACUGAACUUACAAAGCUGGUAGCAUAUUACAUGCAAAGAAAAAAGGCUGGGUUAGACAACCACUGGAUUUGCAAGCCUUACAAUCUGGCUCGGGGAUUAGACACCUAUAUCACAGACAACCUGAACUUUUUGUGCCGUUUGCCCCUAAGUGGACCAAAAAUUGCACAGAAAUAUAUUGAAAAUCCUGUACUUUUUGAGCGACCUGAUGUGGGCUUAGUGAAGUUUGAUAUUCGCUAUGUUGUAUUGUUGAAAUCGGUCAGUCCAACUGAAGUUUACAUCUACAACAACUUCUUCCUCAGGUUUUCUAAUAAACCUUUUGCUUUGAACAAUUUGGAGGAUUAUGAGCAACAUUUUACUGUGAUGAACUAUACAGAAGGAGCAUCAUUAUACAGGUUGUUGUGUGCACAAUUUAAAGAGGCUUGGGGUCAACAAUAUCCAGAUUAUUGUUGGGCUACUGUGGAAAAGUCAAUAUUUACAAUGUUUGCAGACCUCUUCACAGCUGCUACAAGUAAGGAUGCCCCAUGUGGAAUAGCAAAGAGUCCCCAAUCUAGAGCUCUAUAUGCUGCAGACAUAAUGCUAGCUUGGUCUGAAGAAGGAAAUGAGAAAGUUGUUCAACCCAAGCUGCUUGAAAUGAAUUGGAUGCCCGACUGUCGGCGUGCCUGUGAAUAUUAUCCUGCCUUCUACAAUGAUAUUUUUUCUGUAAUAUUUUUGGAUAAGGAAGUAGAUACUUGUACUAAAGUUUUAUAAUUUCCUAGAUUGUAUUUUUGUUCCCUGUAUUUUACAUACUUUGUCACAAAUAUUUGUUUUAAUCCAAAGUGUUUUUUCCUGUUGUCUAGUCUAAUACCAGUCAUAAAAAUGUGCUUUUUUAAGUUAAUAAUUAUAAAAUUAUGUAAACAUAAUUUUGUCUCAUUAACAGAAAAAUAAAGUGCUAAUGGAA